CCAGCUGCCGAUCUCGCUGUUGACAGUAAAAGCAGAUAUGUUCCUUGCUCACUGCCAUUAGCGCUGACCAUGACCCUUCACACCAAAACCUCUGGAGUUACCCUGCUGCACCAGAUUCAAGGCACUGAACUGGAGACACUGAGCAGACCUCAGCUGAAGAUUCCCCUGGAAAGAUCGCUCAGCGACAUGUACGUGGAGAGCAACAAGACAGGAGUUUUUAACUACCCAGAAGGAGCCACUUAUGAUUUUGGUACUACGGCUCCAGUGUACAGCUCUACUACCCUCAGUUAUGCCCCUACUUCUGAAUCUUUUGGGUCCAGCAGCCUGGCAGGAUUUCACUCGCUGAACAAUGUCCCACCAAGCCCAGUGGUGUUCUUGCAGACGGCGCCCCAGCUCUCACCCUUCAUCCAUCAUCACAGCCAACAGGUACCCUAUUACCUUGAAAAUGAACAAGGCAGCUUUGGGAUGAGGGAAGCUGCUCCUCCAGCCUUCUACAGGCCAAGCUCUGAUAACAGGCGCCACAGCAUCCGGGAGAGGAUGUCCAGCACCAACGAGAAAGGGAGCCUGUCCAUGGAGUCCACCAAGGAGACCCGGUACUGCGCUGUCUGCAACGACUACGCUUCAGGCUACCAUUAUGGGGUCUGGUCUUGUGAGGGCUGCAAAGCUUUUUUCAAAAGGAGUAUUCAAGGGCACAAUGACUACAUGUGUCCUGCUACUAACCAAUGCACCAUCGACAAGAACAGAAGAAAGAGUUGCCAGGCUUGCCGACUAAGAAAAUGCUAUGAAGUGGGAAUGAUGAAAGGUG